AUGUCGUCCGCUCAGGUCUCAGAAGGUAACGAACGCUUCAAUUCCGAGGCCGCCAACUGGGACACAAACCCCGUCGUGCUGGAAGCCACUCGUCAUGCCUUCCAAACACUGAAACCGAUCAUCCAAACUAUGUCCUCAUCUUCAUCUCACGGCCUCGACGUGCUCGAAGUCGGAUGCGGAACGGGCCUCCUCACCACGCAAGUGGCAGGGCUCGUGAAUACGAUCGUCGCCAUUGACCCAGCCGCAGAAAUGAUCAAGAUGCUUCAGACAAAGCUUACAUCAAACUCGGCCCCGAAGAAUAUCCUCCCAAUAGCUCAAUUGCUCGAAGAUCCUGAAGAUCCUGCACUCCCUCCUGCUGAUCCCGCUUCCCCGUUCGGCCAGCGGCGCAAAUACGAUCUAAUCACCUCUCAUCUCGUUCUCCACCACGUGCCCGAUCUCGAGCCCUUCCUCAAAGUCCUAUUGGGAUGUCUCAAGCCCCGUGGGCGCGUGGCACUGACAGACUUUGAAGACUUCGGGCCUCAGGCAAAAUACUUCCAUCCGCCAUCAAAACUUGACGGAGUCGAGCGUCAUGGUAUCCCGCGCGAAGGGUUUGCUGAUCUCAUGAGGAAAGUGGGAUUCAUCGACGUCAAUGUAUGGGUUGGAUGGACGAUGGAUGUAAGCACGGAGGAAUGGAGUGAUGCUCCGUCCAAAAUGCCGUUCCCGUUCUUGGUAUGUGAGGGCGCCCGACCGUGA